GGAAAAACAACUUGGAAGGGCUUGUGCAUAUUUCCAGACCUUAAACGUCGAAGAUGGAAAGAUAAUACAGAAUUAUUUGCAUCAGCUGAUUUAAAACUCCCACUAGUUCUGAAGAGGCUUGUGACAUUUGACAUCUCUUGAUUAGCAUAGUAUGACCCAGUAUCCAGCACAGACCAGUCGCUCGAAUUUCUACACGGUUGUGAAAGCAGAAGCCUCUUCAACACCGCCGCUGUCCAGCAGCAUGGCCAACAGCACGGUCGCUCCGGGGAAACUGCCCGGCACCCCCGGACCAGCAGGCAGACUGAGCCCAGAAGGACCUCAGGUGCUCAGUAAGAAGAAGCUGCAGGACCUUGUUCGAGAAAUUGACCCUAAUGAGCAACUUGAUGAGGAUGUGGAAGAAAUGCUGUUGCAGAUAGCUGAUGACUUCAUUGAGAGCGUGGUGACUGCUGCAUGCCAACUGGCCCGACACAGGAAGUCAAGCACUCUUGAAGUAAAAGACGUCCAGCUACACCUUGAACGACAGUGGAACAUGUGGAUUCCUGGUUUUGGCUCAGAUGAGAUCCGACCGUAUAAGAAGGCUUGCACCACAGAAGCUCACAAACAGAGAAUGGCACUGAUCCGCAAAACAACCAAAAAGUAGCAAGAUUGGAAUCACCAACAAACUUUAUUUCCCUGCAAGUUUUGGAAAGUGGAGAGGGUUUGAACCUAUACAUGUCAUGGUAAUCAAAGGGGCAAAAAAAAUGCGAUGUACUGUUUGCAGUACAGUUCUGUUGACAUUUCGCGUUUUGGAAGGUGCACAGAAAUUAUUGUAAUUUGUCUGUACAGUUCACUUUGCGUUAAAACCACCACGUGAACGUUUUGUUUUGGGCACCUUGGUGCUAUCCUGGGGUUUUAUUAUAUAAUAGAAUCCCUCAAAGCUCUGCUAAAAACAUAAAUUGUUUUAUUAUAUUACCCACAAUCCACAUUUUCCUUUCAUAUAUCUCUUGUAUAGACUCUUUAUGCAGUCAUAGAUCUUUUGCUGAGCUGGCAUUAGAAGCUAUGCACAUUUACAAUCAUCAUGUGUCUGAUUUGUUUAUAGUGUUUGCUGUUCUAGAAUUCGUCAAUUAAGUAAUAUCUAGUGCUAUAGAGGAAUCCCUAGCGUGGUACUUUUUGAAGGUAAACCAGAGAGAUGAUUACCACUUCCCUGUGUAAUUAAUUGCAUUGGAACUAGUGAAAUAAUCCAAAUCUUAAUUGGUUUAGAGAGGGAUAUAUAUGUGUGAUGGUGCGCAAACCCCUUCUGCUGUGGGUUUGCGGGCAGGUUUAAACCUUUUUGUGGAGUUUUUUUUUGGUCAUGUAUCACAGUGUUUUACAGUCUCCUGUUUUUCAUGAAUAAAAAAAAAAACUAAUUGUGAUUUAUUCACACCAAAGUCA